CCUUACUAUUAAAGCCGUAGGAAUGAGUGAGGCAGACGACUCUAGAAGCAGAGGCACUCUGUGAAGGGGAAGUCAACUCUGAGGAUGCCAGAGCCAACCAAAAAAGCAGUCUCUGCCUUUGUCAAGAAGCCAAAGGGUCAGGAGGCAGAAGAGGGCUCCUGUGUGGUGUUUGAGGCGGAGACAGAGAAGCACAACGCUAAAGUCAAAUGGCAGUGCGGCGCAAAGGACAUAGACAACAGCAAGACACACGUAAUCGCUGCAGACGGAAACAAACACUCCUUCACCAUACCAGCCGUCACCAAGGGAGAUGCCAAUGUCUAUGCGGUGAUUGCUGGGGGGUCGAAGGUGAAGUUCGAGCUGAAAGUUAUAGCAAAGCCAGGCGAUGGGGUACCGGACACCCAGAAGCCCCCGGCUACAGCUGACGUCCCGGGGGAUACGGCAGCAACUGGGACCCCGGCAGGAGAGGGGGAACCGAGCACUGGUCCGGUCCCUGCACCGGCAGACCCCCCUGCACCUGCAUCGGCAGAGCCCCCGGCAACGGCAGACCCCCCGGCCCCGGCUGCACCCACCGAGGAUGCUCAGCCCGACACCAGACAGGAUCUGACUGGUCUGUUCACAGAGAAACCGCAGAGUGGAGAAGUUACCGUUGGUAAGACCAUCACGUUUGUGGCCAAGGUGCACCUUGGCACGCUGUUGAAGAAACCAGCUGUCAAAUGGUUUAAGGGGAAGUGGAUGGACCUCGCGAGCAAGUGUGGGAAACACCUGCAGCUUAAGGAGACGUAUGAUCGGAAAACCCAGAUCCAUACCUUUGAGAUGCAAAUUGUAGAGGCCAAGCCCAACUUUGCAGGGGCUUACAGAUGUGAGGUGUCAUCCAGGGAUAAGUUCGACAGCUGUAAUUUUGAUCUGAUCGUACACGAGGCCUGUGCUGUUGAAGGCUUUGACAUCAGGGCAGCUUUUAGACGCACGAGUGAAGCGAAGAGAAGUGGAACUUCAUCAAGUAGCAUUGAUGGGAAAGAGGAUUCGGGGGAGCUGGACUUCAGCGGCUUGCUCAAGAAGAGGGCUACGCAGACGAACGCAGGGCCUGAUGUGGAUGUCUGGGAGAUUCUCAAGAAGGCCCCUGUAACAGAUUAUGAGAAGAUUGCCUUCCAGCACGGCAUCACAGACCUGCGGGGCAUGCUCAAGAGACUGAAAAAGAUGAAGAAAGAAGAGAAGAAAAGUGAAGCCUUCAACAAGAAGCUGGAUCCUGCCUACCAAAUAGAGAAGGGCCAUAAAAUUAAGUUAGCCAUUGAAGUGACUGAUACAAACGCCUUGGUGAAGUGGAUGAAGAAUGGACAGGAGAUUCAGCCCACUGGAAGGUCUGCUCACAUUCAAUUAAAAAAGAUGGAAACAACUAAAUAAUAACUAUGCUCAAAGUAUGAGUAAUGUUUUGUUCCCUUCCCCUCUUGUCUCUCCUAUCCUAUGAUUUCGCCUCACAAUUCUCCUCCUUCCUAAAAUUGUUGGACUUGCUUCAUUGCCAUUCGAUUACAUCACCAGCAAGUACAUCUUCGAGAGCGUUGGCAACAUGCGCUACCUCACCAUCAACCACUGUUCCCUGGCUGACGACGCAGCCUACACCUGCGUGGUGGGAGAGGAGAAGUGCACCACUGAGCUUUUCGUCAAAGAGCCUCCCGUAACCAUCGUGAAGGACCUGGAAGAUCAGAUGGUGAUGGUGGGAGAGAGGGUGGAGCUGGAGUGUGAGGUGUCCGAGGAGGGAGCUCCUGUCAAGUGGGAGAAAGAUGGCGUGGAACUGACAAGAGACGAGUCAUUCAAGUAUCGCUUUAAGAAGGACGGCCUGAAACACAUACUGAUCAUAAACGAGGCUACGAAAGAAGACUGCGGCCACUACAGAGUCAAGACCAACGGAGGAGAGUCAGUAGCAGAACUAAUGGUGCAGGGUAGGUAUUUGUGGAUAAUUAUUAACAUUGAAGCACAUAAUUCAACUAGAAAAGGCAUUCACAAAUAUAUUACAAAGAUAAUCUAAAAUUAGAAAUUGUGGAGAAUUAAUUUUUUUAUUGAACAGUUUUUAUUAUUUGAAGAUAA